CCGGUGGGGGUGGGGGAACGGGCGAUGGCGGAGCUGUGUGUGGAUGCUCUCGCUUUCAUCGCUGCCCAGCCUCUGUAAGGGUCGCUGUCCAGCCCAGCCCAGUUUCAGGCCGCAUCGCUUAGUUAAAAACUUAUGCUCUGGAGGAUGGCUGUAAAUUGGAUUGGAAGCCUUGUUUCUAUUAACUGUGGAGAGACACUUGGAGUGUAUCAGGGCAAAAUUUCUGCAGUGGAUCAAGGCAGUCAGACAAUCUCUCUAACACAACCUUUUCGCAAUGGAGUGAAGUGUUCAGUCCCUGAGUUAACUUUUAGUGCAAUUGACAUCAAAGACCUCAAAAUAUUAGACAUCCCACAUUCGCAGGUGAAUAUAGGCCUGGCUCAACCUUCUGUGUUCACAUCUACCAGUUUGUCGCACAAUGCUUACUCAUCUCAGAACUGUGCCGGCAAGGGUGUGAAGAAACCAAACGCUUCAGGAAGCGCUCCCCAAACAAUUCCACGGCGUGCGGAACUCAAGGUUCAGGACCUGGUCACGUCACCUCAGCAGUAUUCUAAAAGUUAUGUGGACCGUCACAUGGAUUCUGCCCUUACUCCAUCUAAAGCGUUUCGUCGGAGACAUAAUUCCUGGUCAUCGAGCAGUAAGAUUCCAAAUCAAGCAACGCCAAAGAAAAACGGAGUAAAGAAUGGACCAAUGAAAAAUAAAGACGAUGAAUGUUUUGGGGAUGGAAUUGAAGUAAUUCUCGAUACAGACUUUGAUUUUGAAGGCAAUCUAGCACUCUUUGACAAAGCAGCCGUGUUUGAAGAGAUAGACACUUUUGAAAGGAGGAACGGAACACGGUCCCGGGGGACACCCAACGAGAAGCCAACAAGAUAUCGCCAUGAUGAGAACAUUCUGGAGUCUGAGCCUAUUGUCUACAGGCAAAUCACAGUGCCACAACAUAGUGGCAAAGAAUAUUGCACUGAUUCGGGAUUGGUUGUCCCGAGUAUUUCUUACGACUUACACAAGAAGUUGCUGGCAACUGCUGAAAGGCAUGGCCUGUCAUUGGAGCGCAGACUGGAAAUGACUGGAGUGUGUGCCAGCCAAAUGACACUAACACUGCUUGGUGGGCCUAACAGGUUAAACCCCAAGAAUGUUCACCAGCGUCCGACAGUUGCAUUGCUGUGCGGACCACAUGUGAAGGGCGCUCAGGGAAUCAGCUGCGGUCGCCAUCUUGCCAACCACCAGGUGCAGAUUAUCCUGUUCCUGCCCAACUUUGUGAAGAUGCUGGAGUGCAUCACCACGGAGCUUCAGCUUUUCAGCAAGACAGACGGCAAGCAAGUGGCCAGUGUCAAAGACUUGCCGGACACUCCUGUUGACUUGGUGAUCAAUUGCCUUGACUGUCACGAGAACCCGUUUCUUCGCGAGCAACCUUGGUACAGAGCCGCUGUCGAAUGGGCCAACCAGAAUCGGGCUCCAGUGUUGAGCAUCGACCCGCCCGUGGGUGAAUUGGAGCACGUCAUUGAUGCCAAGUGGUCUUUAGCCCUCGGCCUGCCUUUACCGCUGGGGGCAAGUGCCGGCCGGGUGUAUCUCUGUGAUAUUGGGAUACCAAAGAAGGUUUUCCAGGAAGUGGGAAUCUCCUAUCAUUCGCCUUUUGGUUGCAAGUUUGUUAUACCUUUGCACUCUGAAUAAUCGUGGCUUAACGCACAAGAGGAAGAUCGUACAGGCCAUAAAACAUCCAGCAGCUGGGCAGAGAGAAGAAUGUGGAAGUGUUAGAAGCCUUAAUGUACAACUGACUUGGAUCUAAAUAAUAUUGUUGCAGAAAAUUGUUUUGUGAAGCAGGGAAAGCACUACAAGUGUCCUGUUGCGACUGGUGCCAUACCACGUUCCAAUAAGGGAUGGCUGCACCAAAGGUCUGCAGUUAUGCCUUGACCCCACGUACAUUUCUGUGCCUUUAUUGUGAAGGCUGUGCAUGGUACUGUUUGUUACAUUUGCAAGGCCUUGGGGUUGAAAUGGGCACCAUCCCACAAAUGAGUCUGCCCAUGUUGAGUAUUCUCACUAUUCAGCUAGUUAUUUUCUUUGGGGGGUGAGGGUGGAAACUACUGUCUUAAGUGUGAACAAGUUUAAAAUGUGGAAGAUAUUCAUGAAGAAAAGCGGUAUUUGUCACAUUUGCGGUUUCCUUUUAAUUCUAUGCACCAUUUAGAAAUGAUCACUGGUGAGAUUUCUUUUGCCACUAGCAAAAGCGCUAAUGGCUUAAAACAAUGUUUUCAAGCCCUGUGGUUUUUAUGAAGCUAAUGUGUGUGGUGAAGCACCAGCUUUUCAUACUUUCAAGAUGCCUGUAAUUGUGAUCUUUGAUAUGCACUUAUAGCGCCCCCUAGUGCAGCCAAGGCUUGAAAGCAGCUUCUGCAGAGGACAGAAGGCCUUCUCGUUUCUGCUUUCCCUAGCUUAAUACUGGAUGAGGGAUGUUGCGACAAUUUCAGUAGAUCCCAGUCAUAUGCUGCAAAAUGCAGGAGGAUGCCUGAUGGCAUCAGCUUCAUUUCUGCCAUCGAUAGGAAUUUGAACCCUUCAGAUACACAACCGUUUUGAACGGAAUGGACUGCGGUGUCUUAAGACCAAACGAGGAUUCACCCUUGAUCGUAUUGGUUUUUAGAUGGGUCCACUACACAUUGUUUCUUUCUGUCUUAUAUUGUUAGGUGUCAACUUAAUGGAUCUACCAGCUAGAGUGGGUAAAGAGAGCUUUUGUUUUGUUUGCCAAGUUGGUUGAUUAAAACAAUCUCACAUAUUCGCACAAUAGUUGAUGGGGACCAUUAGUUCAGUAGACUACUUUUAAUCCAAUACCCUACUUAUAAAUACAGCUGCUGUGAGGAAAUGAGAUUGUGGAAGAGCAAAGUUAAGAUUGUGAUGAAAGUCAAGCCGAAUCACAGCAUGUAGAUUAGCCUAGAACUGAGCUCUAAAAUGCUUUUAUUUAGAUACAUAUACUAAGCUGGAGCCAGCAGAAUGAACACAUCUUCCUUGUGCUCUUAGUCUAUUGAAGUAUUUCUAAUCACUUUUGUUGCAUGACCAGAUUAGCAUAGCAAACAUUUUCUGUUGUAAUAGAUGAGCAUUUUAAGUAGAUUCACUAAAGUGGGAUGGGAGUUUUUUUUCACUAAAACUAAUUUCGCAAUUGCCCAAAGAACUGGUACAAAUAUACACAAUCUUGUACCCUCCAUAUUCAGUCCUUGUGGCUUUCCUAGUAUCGUGUGUCCCUUUCUUUAACCGUGACAUGGUGGAAAAAGUUUCUGUCAUUAUCUUACACUACCCUUUGAUUCUCCGGACAUCUGAAUCAGCCACCAGAAAUGCACAAGGAUCAACUUCAAGGUUGUAUUUAUGUUCUUGAGUGUAGACUAAUUCUUUGUUCCUCGACUCCCAACAUUUAUUCCCCAUCUCAUCGUUUUUGCUUGGACAAUCUUACCUGCUCACUGGAAAACAUGGGAGUCGGAGGAAGAACAGUAAUUGCAGAGAAAUUGCAGUUUCCUAAUGUUUAGAAACACACUGAACAUCCAUGGGAGCUCAGAAUUGCAGUUUCUUGAAUGGAGCAGGGCCGAACAUGGCUUAAUUUCUUUUGUGAAGACCAGCAGCCUCAACUUUACUGCUGAUCAUGUUGUGCUAAUGAGAGUCAGAGUGUUUCUCUGAAAAUACUUCUUUGGUCUCCGUGCAGUGUUCUUCAUGCUGUGAAAGUUGACAAUAUUGCAUGUGGCAAUACUUCAGGAGGCUGAGGAAGAUUCUUUGGUUUUCAAACAUUUUUUUUUUCUAAAGUGUAACUGUUCAAAGUUCUACUGAGAUCUCUUGAUACUGCCUUUUGUGAGAUGCCAAUGGCUUCAUGUUGUAGAUCUCUGUAUUUUGAUAUUUGACAAAUCUCUGGUAGAACAAUGGCAAGAAUUACUUUUAGCAGCUUGGAAGAACAUGUUUGCCUAUACAAUGUGAUGAUGCUUAAAACCAGUUUAACUAUUUAAUGAAGUGCUCGCAAUGAUUACAGCCUUCCAUGCCUCCCUUUGCUUUGAGCAAGAAUGGUCAGUAAAACUUGUUCAGUAGCUUGAAUCAAGCCAUCACAAAGAAUUAAGUUGAUUAAAAAAUGUGUUUGUUUUCCCAGCUUACCUUUGAAUUCAUUUUGGAGGAGGGGUGUUUUUCUUUGUUGUAAAUGUGGAUGGUUUCCAUUGAGGGAAAGGGGGUACAAUGCUUGACAACACAAGGGAGCAGAAUUAACAUUGCACCCUUGCUAUGAUAGAUUUGGUGAAAGACCCUGGUUUAAUGUCUGAUAACUCAGACCCCUUUUUGUUUCCAGUUCAAAACCAACGUGAGGUCAGCAAUAUACCCAUUUCUCAGAACAACAGGUUCUUUGUGACUGCAGCAUUUCUGCUCAAUUUAGGCCUGAUGUGAGACAUCAUUAUUUGAACUAUUCGAGUACAACAGUAGAAUUAUUAUCUUUAGAAAUAAAUCUUAUAGAAAUCUUUGUUUUAUGUAGUCAUUGUGCAACUUAACGACUGCAGUGUUUAAAAGGACAAAAGUUUUGUGCAUAUUUUUCAUUGACACAAGAAUGUAGGUAAACAAACAUUACUCACAUUUGUAGAAGGGUACUUUUCAAGCAAGUGAGUGAUUUCUUGUUGCUUGUAAACUGGAGACAAGCUGUUAUAGAUGAUGCAUACAGGGCUUUGCACCGUGCAUCAGCAUUCUUUUUGAAACUGCUUGGACAGUGAUAGAUGUGUACUUUCAAUGCAACAAAUACACUUAGUAUUUUAGGAAAACUACUUUUGCAUGCAAGUGUUGUGCCACUCGAACUUUGGGUUUUGUCAGUCCUGCCCCAUUUUUAAGCCAAAAAAUGUGAUUUUUUUUUUAAACCAUUAAAUUUUCUUUAGGUGGAUUUGCGCAGUCUAUAAAAAUGCACCAUGAGAGUGAGUAUAACCAAACAAGGGGUAGUGAUGGAGUAUGUCAAACUCUGUUGAAAAUGUAAGCCAGAUCUGUCACGUUAUUUCAAGAAAUUCCCUAACACCACCAAGCCCUCAGUACCCUGUGCUCAUUGUUCAUAGCAGACGAGCGGAAUCCAAACAUCCUGGUGCUUUUGUUCCAGGCAGAUAGAAAACAUGGGCCAUUCUCCAAAGUAUACCACCCUAUACUUUAGUGAGCACUCUGGUCUGAUGCCACAGCACUGCAUUUCCUUUCUUCCCUCUCCCAGAUGACUAUAAUGGCCCUGUAGGCGGAGUAUGUUGUGCUUUUUCCUUGGACAGGGGUUUUAACAAGUCCCUAUGGUGGAGAAUCUUGCAUAAAAGGAGGAAGAACUCUGGUCUAGAUUAUUUUUUGCUUAUUUAACAAAAAUAAUACAUCUGGCAAAUGGGAUAGAAUUUGGGAAUCCUCAACCUUUCAGGUCAUUUUAUGUUAUGACAGCACUGAUUUGAGGAGCCAGGAAGUUUUGAAGAAUUAAUGUCCUAUUUUAGUUCUAUAAAAUAAAGCAGAUAGUUAUUUUUAGUGAUUUGUAUCGGAUCAGCAGUAAAAGAUGACAAACAACUUGAAUUAUCCAAUAUACAAUAUUGCCUCACUUUGUUUUUACACACAAAAACCAUCAAACUCCUUCCCACUUGCUGCUCUUGAGGCAGUGUUGCCAGCGCUGUCACCAUAUGAUGCCUUGCUGACUGAAAUACACCGGAAGAUCCAUGAAUGAGCAGAAAGUUUCCUGAGUUAGGAUUACGGUAUGUUACUGAGCAUCGCAUCUUCAGUGAUGGCUUAGUGAUUAAAUGUGGCAUGUGGUGCUUCACUGAACAACCCAGGCUGACCUGUGUGCGCUAAUUGCCUUUUUUGCCAUCAGCGGUCCUGGCUUAGUAAGGAGUAGGGGGAAAAGAAAUAAGCUAAGUCUUCUCUUCCUGACUGAUUUCUAGUUACCCUCCUAAGUACUGGUGUUUGGGACGUUGAGUGAGGACAUGGUAGGAUUUCAAUUGGGCAACUGGAAAUACCUGCCGACGCUCAUUUUUUGGCUCACUCCUGAUGAAUGAAUGGCCACUUGAAGGACUGUGGACCGGACACCAAGAGUUGGAAAGAAAAUUUUAAAAAGUUCUUGUUGAAACAGAAGUAAUGGUGUCUGUACAUUGGUGUCUAUGUUGCCCUCUGCUGAAGCAGAGAGCUUUACACGCAUGUGUAAUUCCACACCUUAACAACAAAGUCAUCCUAAUUUAGUGGAAAAGGCUGCUAGGAAUCUUCAUGGUGGCCAAUAGUUGCCCAGAGUGAAGUGAAACACCCAUUUUAAAGAACUUUUCACUGUGAAUGAAAUGAUCAAAAUUAGUGCUUUGAAAUGGAAAAGAUAUUGAACAUAUAGUAAGGUCCCUGGGGUCUGGUAUUUCCUUACAAGGCCUAUUUUGAUAACAAGAGCUGAUGAAACUUGAUUCUUACAGUAUUUCAGCAUUAAUGCAUAAUUUUCCUUUGUUAUUGUUUACAUAUCUUAGACACAUUCUGCACCACCCAAAACUUAUUGGUGACAGGAAGCCCAGACAAUCGCACGUUUGCUUGGUGGAAGUGCUCCUGUUCGCCAAGCUUUGAGGAGUACAUUGCAUUACAGCAGUGUUAAAUAUUGUACUGUGGUGCAGGUACAAGUGGUCACCAGUGCUGCUUUUCUUCCCUAUCUGCCUGCUUCUUUGUAUUGCAGUUGCUAUUGCUAGUAGCUCUUGGGAAAACAUCUGUUAAUGUUAAUUAGAAAUGAUUUUUUAACUGCACACUUAAAUAGGCUGGUACACUGUGACGUGAUCUUUUGAGUAAAUAUAGAUAUUUUUCAAUAAAAGCAAGUGAAAACAGUCACUCACUUUUGUAGCUGAUUUACAGUAUUGAAGCCAACUUACUUGCUAAUUCAGACAGCAUCUUCUAUCUGUACUACUUGCUUUGUGUUUUCCAGUUUAUUGGAAAGCUCGACCUUGGGCAUUAGAACCAGAGCUGAUGCACAUCACACUUGUGCUGUACCAGUUUAUUUUAGUUUUAAGGUUACUACUCUGAGGAACUGUGACCAAGAUGCUUUGUGGAUGUGUUUUCGCUUCAGUGUUGACUAACGUUUACAAAAUGUAAAUUUGUUGUCUCGAGAUUUUCAAUCCAAAUACUAUCCUGUGUUUUGGAAGGUACGUGACUUCUCAUUGCUAGAACUAAAGAAAGAACUAAAUAAAGACAAGAAUUUCUGUUGA